UUGUACCUGUGUUGUCUUUCAUGUUGAGUGUGGGUCUUUGUGGUGAGACGCUGACAUGACAGGCCAUCGCUGCUGCAUUUACGGCUGUCCCAGCCGUUCACACGGUAAGACUGGAGCGAAACUAAACAACGGAGUGCGUUUCUUUUGCUUUCCGAAGUGGAAGAAACAUCAAGAGGAACCUGUGGCGGAGGUGACGAGGAGACACCGGAUGGCCUGGGUAGCAGCAGUGGGACGGAGAGACAUCACUUUCGACCGUAUUUUACCAUCAAAAAGGGUCUGUUCCCUGCAUUUUCAUUCAGGAAAACCAGCAUAUGAAAUGCUAGAGUCCCAUCCUGACUGGAAACCAUCUUUGCUGCUGGGCCACAGUCAGGUCAGACAAGAAGAAGAGCAGCAGGUGACUCCACAUACAGUCGAGGUUGUUUUAAAAUACGAAGAGGAUGAAGAGGAAGAGGAGAAACAGGAGGAAACUGGCCUCCCACAACCUGUCGAGGAUAAUAUGCUUGACCAGUGUGCGCUUGAGCAAAUCACAUGUCUGAAAGGUGAAUUUACUGAAAUUAAACUUACAGAACUGUUCUUACAGGGUGAAAAAAAGGUAAAAUAUUACACUGGACUUCAGAGCCAUUCCACUUUUCAAGUUUUGUUGCGCUACAUCAAACCUUUCCUUCCUCAGGGAGUAACAAAGUUGACUCACUUUCAGAUGGUUCUUCUCACAUUAAUGUCUCUGAAGCUGAAUUUUCCGAUGGACCGCAUAAGCCAUUUGUUUAAUGUGCACCCAGAAACUGCUAUUGCUGCAUUCGAGGACACAGUCGCUGCUUUAUAUGCCCGCAUGUCUUCACUCGUGCACUGGCCGGACAGAGAGCGGGUGUGGGUCAGCAUGCCUCGGCUUUUCGUGGAGACGUUUGGAGGACAGCUCACUGUCGUUGUUGAUUGCUUUGAAGUAUCUGCAAAGACACUGUCCAAUAUUGAGUCAUGGGACCAACACAGUCGCACAGUGAAAUAUGUCACUGGCAUCACACCACAAGGAGUUAUUUCCUUCAUCUCCAGAGGCCGGAGUGGGUGCAGCAGUGAUAUAGAAGUCACAGAGAGCUGUGGUCUGCUGGACAAACUGCUGCUAGGUGACAUAGUUCUGGCAGGUCGAGGUUUUAACGUGGAGGAAAGUGUGAGCAUGAUGUGUGCUGAAGUCAAAGCGUCAUCACCAGACGGCUGCCGUGAGCUGGAUCUGAAGACCACUGAGGAAACGAGACAGCUAGCACACCUUAGAGACCAUGUUAAGAGAAUUAUUGGUGCUGUUUGCAACACAUUCAAAAUAUUAUCUUCCAACGUUCCCGUCAGGAUGGUUGAACCAUGUGAGGGAGAGAGCGUGACAUUUCUAGACAAGGUUGUUACAGUUUGUUGUGCUCUUAUAAAUCUGUGUCCACAUGGUGUUCUUUCACUGCAGAAAAGCAAAUAACUGGGCCUAAAGAACUCUAACAAGUACUGUUAUCUUAAGGAAAUAUGUCUUUUCUUCUUUAGCUUAAUCUGAUCUGGACGCUGAGAAACAAAGAAAACUCUGAUGUGAUUCAAAUCAGUAAACGUACCGUAUUUGACUGCUACCAGGUCAUUGUAAGAACAAUUUUCUGAGUUGAUGCUGUUACUGAGGGAAGAAGACUCAGCGGUAGCUGCUUUCACUUCCGGUUGAGUGUUUAUAUGUAUAAUCGGAAGAAACUCAGUAAUAUAGGAAGUUGCUUAAGGAGGAUUAUGAAUCAAACUGAAGUAGAAAAAAGAAAAUUGGUUGUUACAAUGAUUGUUUUCUUUUUUUAGGUUUGAAUUGUUUGUAAAUUCAGCCUUCAGUUACUUUUCUUGUGGGUUUUAUUAUUGAGCAUUUCCAUAAAGCUGAUAUACAAUUACAGCACUCACCAAAAAACGUAAUGCAACUUAAUUCACAGAUUAUUCAUAUUGGCACAAUAAAAUUUUACAUUAUCUUUAAUUCCAACAUAUUUAAGAUAAAAGUGAACUGUUUUUAUGUCAUUAUUUCUAAAGCUGUUUGUCUUUAUUCACAAAUUAUUUAAAACACUAUAUUUGUUAAAUGCUAUAAGGUUGUGAAUGACCCUACCUCCAAAAAUAAAGAUGUAUUAUUCUUCUUUUA